GCCCAGUAGAAGAAUUCCAUUAUUAAUUCUCUUUCCAACCAGACAUCUCCGAAAGGCCAAAUAAAAUUCUAUACCUAACCCCUCUUUCCUAAUUCUCUUCUGUCCGCCGCACCUUAUCUGACCGGCCUGAGUGUCCUCUCACUUCACUCUGCUCAAAAUUUCCCAAUUUCUAGGGUUUCUAUCUAUCUAUCUAUCUAUCUAUCUAUCUAUCCACGCAGAUUCAAGCUCUGGGCCGUCUGCUGCUUUCAUCUCGAUCACAGUUUGUCGAAUCCAAGCGAGGAGCACAAUGCAACAACCGGCAACCCCAAAUGCCGCCCGACCGAAAGACGGAAGCAGCGGCGAGAGCAAGCCGGCGGCGGCGAGGAAGAAGCCGCCGACGCCGCAGGAGCUGAUAUCCCACUACGAGACGCAGGGGAUGAGUUCGCACGAGGCUGCGAUGAAGGUAAUCGAAGACCUGCAGAACGUGCUGUUCAGGGUGGUCUCCGCCAACAGCAGCAAGGCGAAGAAGGACAAGGCCGCGGUGGAAGCGUCGCGGAAGAUUGACGUGGUGAACAGCAGGGUGUCGGUGGUGGACAUGAAGCUGGAUUCCAAGCCCGGCUACCUUGGAGCUUUCGGCGUCGGAAUCGCUUCGGGUGUGGCGUUGCGAGGGGUGGAGAAGGUGUUGCCCAAUGUGUUGGAAGGGAUUGGCCAAAUUUGGAGCGCUGUUGGGAGCGUCACCAAGCCUCCCACUUCGUCUUCUUCGUCGUAAACAAGGGGACAGUGUAAAGGAAGCAAAAUGUAGCUGAGGAGAUUGAAGCUUACCUUUUUUUUUUCUUCUUUCGGGUAGUAGGCGGAAUUGAGCUUUUUUUUUUUAUGCUUUGUUUAGGGAGGAAAUCACAAAUGAAUAAGACACACUAUUGGAUGAAUAAAUUUUUUCGUGUAGCUAAAUUGUACCUUGUCAACUUGAAAUCUUGCAUUCGUAAUUAGUAUAAACCACGAAGGAUUUUUUAUAAUUAGUAUAAACCAAGAUUAAUCCA